CUGAGAGUGAAAAACGGGUACCAAAUUAGAAUUUUUCCCAAUUUACUUCAAAUUCAUUCAGGGUUAAAGCCAAAGGUGAUGUACAAUCAUAGCGCGUUCAAAAGAAAACAAGCAGUGUGAGUUAAAAACGUGGAGAUUGCACGAUAAUUGGAGAAACCAUCACAGUAGAAGAAUAGACCUCUCUUCUUCAUUUCCGUUCUCCCCGAGUGCGUAUAGCCUGGAUACAAAGCAUUGGAAAUUUUGAUAAACAGUACUAAACCUAGAAAUGACGGAGGCUGUAAUAAGGAAGAAGGCCGGGAUGGCGAGCGUGAAGGAUAUGCCGGUUUUGCAGGACGGUCCGCCGCCGGGCGGGUUCGCUCCAGUCCGAUUCGCUCGGCGGAUCCCCAACACGGGACCGAGUGCCAUGGCCAUUUUCUUUGCCGCUUUUGGGGCCUUCUCAUGGGGGAUGUACCAGGUCGGCAAAGGCAACAAGAUCCGCAGGGCACUGAAGGAAGAAAAAUAUUCUGCUCGGAGGGCCAUAUUGCCUAUGCUUCAAGCUGAAGAGGACGAAAGAUUUGUGAAAGAAUGGAAGAAGUAUCUGGAAGAGGAGGCAAGAAUCAUGAAAAACGUGCCCGGUUGGAAGGUUGGGGAGAGUGUUUACCACUCGGGAAGAUGGAUGCCUCCUGCUACUGGGGAGCUUCGUCCUGACAUCUGGUGAAUUAUGCUGCCGUCAUUUUUAAUAACCGUUUUGCUCCAUGGACUCACUGCAAAAGACCCUUUUUUUUAUUUAUUUUCCGGCAGUCAUCGCAACUUUCUUCGCGACUUGUGCUUGUUUCUUUGCUCAGUUGAAUAAUGAUGAUGUUAAGAAUCUGUUUGCCUUUUCAUCUGUAAACGGAUGUAUGCUAGCUGUUGUUACACAUUUCUGUUGACAUUGUUACUUGUGUGUUCUUGCCGUUGGUAUUGUUCACCCUGAGGGCUUCGGUUUUAAUCUUUUGUUGCUCUUAGUAUUUUUAUAAUAAUAGUAAUAGUGUAAUAAUAGAUGCAGAUGGAUAGUGGUGAUUUUGCAUUUCGUAUUAUUGAUUAUUUAUUCAUUGGCUUUUGUAGAACUACAUCAAUUAAAUAAUGCCAUGAUACCACAAAUCCAAAAAAAAAUUUCCAUUGUUAUUUUAACCCCUACUAACUCAAUUAACUAAAUAGAGUAUCUUGUAUAAAAU